UCCAGUCACUCCCACUAGAAUUUUAUUGAUCGUUACUAGAGUUCCAUUCUACAGUACAAUUAUUCUGAGACAGCAAAAUGGACUCGUAUUUAGCUCGUCUAAAGGAUGAUGUCCAGUGUUCUUUGUGUAAUGAUAGACUUACUGAACCUAAGAUCUUGCCAUGUUUCCAUACAUUUUGCAAGCCUUGUAUUAAAAGACAUGCCGAGCUGAUCGAKGRAGUSAACGUCUUCAAGUGUCCUCAGUGUAWMUCACUAACUCCUCUGUCACAACUAAACAGCGUGGAAGAUCUAAAAUCGAGCGUACUCCAUUCAAGGAUGUUAAAAGUCUUAGAGUUUAUAGAAAGUGAGAAGGUUUGUUCUGUUUCUCAGAGUCAUUCAACAGCAUCUUGGUAUUGUUUUGACUGUAACCGCUCGUUGUGUGACGAUUGCGAGAAGAGCCACUCAUUGUUCAUCAAAGACCACAACCUUUCAUCUCUCGCCGAGACGAAAGAAGAAGAUAUCAAACUGAUGCUGAGCAGAGAAAAUAACUGYGAACAUCACGUURACAAACUAGUACAGUGGUUUUGUAAGGACUGUGAAAAAGUUAUAUGCGUAGAAUGCUUGAAAUAUGGCCACGAAGGUCAUUUGACCUGUACGUUGUCAAAUUAUGCAGCAACGAAGAGAACUUUUCUGUCUGAGAAACUCGAGCAGCUAAGAAAGCGUGAGCAAGAUAUGAAAGCGAAAUUCAUGGCAGUGGAAAUGAUGGCGGUUCAAUUUAAAGAAUCGUGUGAGAAAGCAAAGCUAGAAGUAAAGGGAUCGUUAGAAAAGAUUGUGGAGAUAUUACAAAAGAAAGCUYUGGAAUUGACGAACCAAAUCGAUGAUGAAUUCAUGAAUGCCGAGAAAAUGAAAGCCGAAGGUCAGUGUCUGCUUGAUCAACAGCAAGGAAUAAUUAGUUACUUGAGUAAGCUGUUAGAAAAAGGUAUUGCAAGUGAAGUCAUUGAGGACAAAGAAUUUGAAGAAAAACUAGACAAACCAGAUAUUUUCCAAGUCGAAGAAAAGGAUUAUUAUGGGYUGACUUUUGUUGCUAACCAAGAUCUACUAAGASAAGCGAAUUUAGGUCUGGGAACCUUGCAAAAAUUAGAASACAAACAGCACMCGAUUGGCAGUGCAAUAGCUUGCUUAACGGUCAAAGGGAAACAGGAUAGUGUUGCAGUUGACAGGAAAACUGAAAUAACGAUGAAGAAUACUAAUUUUGGAUCAGCAGCAAGUUGUUUAGGAACAAUUUUUGGGUCAACACCAACAACAGCAAUUGCUUUUGGGUCAACACCAACAACAGCAAUUGCUUUUGGGUCACCAGCAACUGCUUUUGGGUCAACACCAACACAAGCAACUGCUUUUGGAUCAACACCAGCAACAACAGCAACUACUUAUGGGUCAGCACCAGCACCAGGAACUACUUUUGGAUCAACAGCAAUAACAGCAACUACUUAUGGGUCAGCACCAGCAACAGCAACUACUUAUGGGUCAGCACCAGCAACUACUUUUGGUUCAAAACCAGCACCAGCAACUACUUUGAUGUCAAAAGCAGCACCAGCAAUUAUUUUGAUGUCAAAACCAGCACCACCAACUACUUUUCGGUCAAAACCAGAACCAGCAACUACUUUGAUGUCAAAACCAGCAACAGCAACUACUUUUGGGUCAAAACCAGCACCAGAAACUACUUUGAUGUCAAAACCAGCACCAGCAACUACUUUGAUGUCAAAACCAGCAACAGCAACUACUUUUGGGUCAAAACCAGCACCAGCAACUACUUUGAUGUCAAAACCAGCACCACCAACUACUUUUGGGUCAAAACCAGCACCAGCAACUACUUUGAUGUCAAAACCAGCACCAGCAACUACUUUGAUGUCAAAACCAGCACCAGCAACUACUUUGAUGUCAAAACAAGCACGAGCAACUACUUUGAUGUCCAAAGCAGCUCCAGCAGCUACUUUGAUGUCAAAACCAGCAACAGCAACUACCUUGAUGUCAAAACCAGCAACAGCAACUACUUUUGGGUCAAAACCAGAACCAUCAACUACUUUGAUGUCAAAACCAGCAACAGUAACUACUUUUGGGUCAAAACCAGCAACAUCAACUACUUUGAUGUCAAAACCAGCACCAGCAACUACUUUUGGGUCAAAACCAGCACCAGCAACUACUUUGAUGUCAAAACCAGCAACAUCAACUACUUUGAUGUCAAAACCAGCACCAGCAACUACUUUUGGGUCAACACCAGCAACAACANCAGCAAGUUGUUUAGGAACAAUGUUUGGGUUAGCAUCAACAACAGCACCUGCUUUUGGGUCACCAGCAACAAGAGCACCUGCUUCUUGGUCAACACCAGCAACAGCACCUGCUUUUGGGUCAGCAGCAACAACAGCACCACCUACAUUUGGGUCGGCAGCAACACCAGCAACAGCACCUGCUUUUAGGUCAGCAGCAACAACAGCACCUACAUUUGGGUCGGCAGCAACACCAGCAACAGCUCCUGCUUUUGGGUCAGCAGCAACUGCUUUAGGGUCAACUUUAACAACGGCAAAUACUUUGAGGUCAACAUCAGCAACAGACACAUCUGUAUCAGCAGUAAGCAAUAAAUUCAGCUUCGCAUCACCUACUGUCGGAACCUUCAUGCCCUUAGAACCAUGUGAAUUUGGUGGCGAUACAGGAAAAGAGAGCAUUCAGACAAAAGGAAUUAUCAAAAAGGGAUUGCGAAGGAUGAAAAGAUAA